AUUACUAAUUACCACAUUCCAUUUUUAUCUUUUACGCUGAUAUGUGCAGAAAAAGCUAUAAAUAUUUAACCUCCAUAUCCAUCUUUAUAUAAAGAUAGGAGUUUUGCCUUUGAAGCCACACCCCUUAUAGUACAUUUUUGUAAAACUCAAAUCAUUUGUGAUGAAGAUGUUGAUCAAGGCUCUAAUCACUCUCUUCUUCCUACUCUCGCUAUUACAUAAUUCUGAUGGAGAGUUCCAGGACUAUUGCAUAGCGGACGAGCAAACCCCAGAGGAUGUGCUCGAGCAAGCCAUGAAGUGGGCUUGCAGCAAUGGGGCGGACUGCAGCGCCAUCGGAGAGAGUGGGCCGUGCUACCUUCCUAACACAGUCAAGGACCACUCCUCAUAUGCAUUCAACAGCUACUAUCAAAACAUGAAGCACAAAGGAGGCAGUUGUUAUUUCAAUGCUGCUGCACUUAUAUCUGAUCUCGAUCCAAGUCACAGUUCAUGCAAGUUCGAGUCUCUCCCUUGAGCCCUGUUACAAGAUAAAACUAGUGAUCAAAGGCUUGUUUGGCAUUCAGAAUAGGAUAAUGUGUAGUAUUGGGUAUAUUUGAAUGAUGUACUCUUUUAAAGUAUUAAUAUUAUGUUUGAUAAUAUUAAAUGCGCAAAAUUAUCUUAUAUAAAAAUAAAUUCUAGAAGAAAAACAA